GCCCCUGUGCGAGCGCUGUGUCUCGGCGCCGCCUGCGCGCGGGGGGAGCCCGCUCCGCUCCGCUCCGCACCCACCGCCCCGGCCGCCGCCGCACCGACACCGACACCGCCGCCGCGCCGCGGGGAGGCUUCUUCAUGGGCUGCCACCAUGCUUGGGCCCUGGAGAUUUCGGGCGAAGCUAGUUUUGCAGAACAUUGGGAAUAAGCGCUAUGUCAGAUAUGGAUGAGACUCCGAAGAUGAUCUGCAUGUUUUACAUUUUUCACAAAUUUUGGGAAAUAAAAUGUAUGCUUGCUGGUCUACAGUAACUUUGGAACAGGACCUCAACAAAAAAAUGCAUAUCUGGAUGCUGCAGACGAUCGCGUUUGCUUUAACAUCGCUAGUCCUUUCGUGGGCAGAAAGCAUCGAGUAUUAUGGGGAAAUCUGUGAUAAUGCAUGUCCUUGUGAGGAGAAGGACAGCAUCUUAACAGUGAGCUGUGAAAACAGAGGGAUCAUCAGCCUUUUUGAGAUCAGUCCACCAAGGUUCCCUGUCUACCACCUCUUGUUGUCUGGGAACCUUUUGAACAGGCUGUACCCAAACCAGUUUGUCAAUUACACCGGGGCUUCAAUUUUGCAUCUGGGGAGCAAUGACAUACAAGACAUCGAAACUGGGGCCUUUCAUGGUCUGAGAGGUUUAAGGAGGCUGCAUUUGAACAAUAACAAGUUGGAACUUCUACGGGAUGACACUUUCCUUGGGCUAGAGAGUUUGGAAUACCUACAGGUCGAUUAUAAUUAUAUUAGCAUCAUUGAACCCAAUGCCUUCAGCAAACUGCAUUUGCUGCAGGUGCUGAUUCUCAAUGAUAACCUCCUCUCCAGUUUGCCCAACAACCUUUUCCGUUUUGUGCCCUUAACUCACCUGGACCUGAGGGGUAACCGGCUGAAGCUGUUGCCCUAUAUGGGCCUCUUGCAGCACAUGGAUAAAGUGGUGGAGCUGCAGCUGGAGGAAAACCCCUGGAAUUGCUCUUGUGAGUUGAUUGCUCUAAAGGAUUGGCUGGACAGUAUCUCAUACUCUGCUCUGGUGGGAGAUGUAGUUUGCGAGACCCCUUUCCGCUUACAUGGUCGAGACUUGGAUGAAGUCUCCAAGCAGGAGCUUUGCCCCAGGAGGCUCAUCUCUGAUUAUGAAAUGAGACCUCAGACACCACUGAGCACCACAGGGUAUUUCCACACAACCCCAGCCUCGGUCAACUCCGUGGCUACUUCUUCUUCAGCUGUUUACAAAUCUCCCUUGAAGCCCCCCAAAGGGACCCGCCAACCCAACAAGCCAAGGGUGCGCCCCACCUCCCGCUUGCCCUCCAAAGACUUGGGAUACAGCAACUAUGGCCCCAGCAUUGCCUACCAGACCAAAUCCCCGGUGCCUUUGGAGUGCCCCACUGCCUGCACUUGCAACUUGCAGAUUUCUGACCUGGGCCUCAAUGUCAAUUGUCAGGAGAGGAAGAUUGAGAGCAUUUCUGAACUGCAGCCCAAACCCUAUAAUCCUAAGAAGAUGUAUCUGACGGAAAACUACAUUGCACUGGUCCGCAGGGCAGAUUUUGUGGAUGCCACCGGGCUGGAUUUGCUACAUCUGGGCAAUAAUCGGAUCUCGGUCAUUCAGGACCGGGCUUUUGGGGAUUUAACUAAUUUGCGAAGGCUGUACCUGAAUGGGAACCGGAUCGAGCGGCUGAGCCCAGAGCUGUUCUAUGGGCUGCAAAGCCUGCAGUACCUCUUCCUGCAGUACAAUGUCAUCCGGGAGAUAGAGGCAGGCACCUUUGAAUCUGUCCCCAACCUUCAGCUCUUGUUUUUGAACAACAAUCUGCUGAGGUCUUUGCCAGGGAACAUUUUUUCUGGUCUGUCUCUCUACAGGCUGAGCCUGCGGAGCAACCACUUCUCCUACCUGCCAGUGAGCGGGGUGCUGGACCAGCUGAAAUCCCUGCUGCAGAUCGACCUGCACGAGAACCCUUGGGACUGCACCUGCGACGUGGUGGGCAUGAAGCUGUGGCUGGAGCAGCUCAACACCGGUGUCCUGGUGGACCAGGUUAUCUGCGAGUCUCCUAAGAAGUUUGCCCAGAGCGACAUGCGGGCCGUCCGGGCGGAGCUGCUGUGCCCCGACUACUCGGAUAUCGUCGUCUCCACGCCCACGCCGUCCCCGGGCCAGCUGCCGGCCAGGACCACCCCCUCCUCCUCCACCGUGCGCCUCAAUGGCACGGCGGCGGCGGGCGGCUCCGCGCCCGCGGGCGGCGCCGGCGGCGGCACCUCCUCGGUGCCGCUCUCGGUGCUGAUCCUCAGCCUGCUGCUGGUCUUCAUCAUGUCCGUCUUCGUGGCGGCCGGGCUCUUCGUCCUGGUGAUGAAGCGGCGCAAGAAGGGCCAGGGUGACCACGCCAGCGCCAACAACUCCGACGUGAGCUCCUUCAACAUGCAGUACAGCGUCUACAGCGGCGGCCACCACCACCAUCACCACCCCCACCUGCAGCAGCACCCGCCCCACCGCGGCGGCGGGGGCGGCGGCGGCGGGGGCGCGGCGCUGCCCAAGGUGAAGACCCCCGCCGGCCACGUCUACGAGUACAUCCCGCACCCCCUGGGCCACAUGUGCAAAAACCCCAUCUACCGCUCCCGGGAGGGCAAUUCGGGCGAGGAUUACAAAGACCUUCACGAGCUGAAGGUCACCUACAGCAGCCACCCCCUGUCGCCCGGGGGGGGCGCGCCGCCGCCCCCUCCGCCCCCACCGCCGCCGGCGCCCGGCGGGGAGGACGCGCCGGGGCGCAGCCCCGCGUACAGCGUGAGCACCAUCGAGCCGCGGGAGGAGCUGCUCUCCCCAGUGCAAGACGCCGAUCGCUUUUACAGGGGCAUUUUGGAGCCCGACAAACACUCCUCCUCCACGCUGGGCACUCCCGGCUCCACCCUCCCCGACUACCCCAAGCUCCCUGCCGCCUACACCUACUCCCCUAACUAUGACCUUAGGCGUGCCCACCAGUACUUGCACCCGGGGCCGGGGGACAGCAGACUCCGGGAGACGGUGCUCUACAGCCCCCCGAGUACUGUCUAUGUAGAGCCCAACAGGAACGAGUACCUGGAGCUAAAAGCAAAACUAAACGCAGAGCCGGACUACCUCGAAGUGCUGGAAAAACAGACCACAUUCAGCCAGUUCUGAGAAACAGCCUCCCUCCCCGUCCCCUCGCCAGUCUCAGCAGCUCCUUCUCUAGAGUAUUUGUAUUUAACAACCACACGCAAAACAAAGAAAUGCUGACCUCCCACCUCGCCCACCUUCUUUUUUCCCCCUUUAAUGCAUUUUAUUGUAGGGUGAAGUGCCUUGGCACAGGACUUUUCAGCUUCGGGGAAUGAUUCUGAAAGGGUGUGCUGUUCAGUUUAGUUUAUUCUUUUUUCUUUUACUGUAUUUGGAAGUCAGAAACCACCUGCUUUGUAAAAUGGGCACAACACUGGUGUUGUGCGGGUGUCCACGUGUGCUUGGGGAAGGUGGCAGGAGGUUCCUGUCAGGUCAUGUUCAGGUCACAAGUACAAAAGUCACUAUCACUAUUUUUUUAUUAUUAUUUUUAUUUUUUUCUAACAGACAUUCUUUAUUUUGGGUUUCUUUCUGGUUGAAGAGUACAGCGCACAUUUUCCCCUUUUAGCCAUGGGUGAGUCUAAAUGGCUUUUUUGGAGAGAUUAGCACACCCCGACUUUAAUACAAGGUUUCCUUUUUUUAAGGAUGUGUUUGUAUACUUUCUGGACUUUUGAAUUCAAAAAUAUAUUAUGAUCUUUAAAAGGAUCGCUGUAGAUGUGGACAAAUCAUUAAAGAGUGCAGAGAUAUAUGAUCCAUAACUGGUUAGUGAAAAUAAUUUAUUGAUGAAAUAUAAAAAAAUAUUUUAUUGUAGCACCUAUUUUUAUAUGCACAUUAGCAUUUCUCUUUCCUUCACUAUUUUAGGGCCUAAUCCUGCAAAUUCUUAACUCACUUCAGCGUCUCUACUUGUGAAAGAAGUCCCAGCUUAGGCCUUCAUCCUGCAGGCACUUAAGCACAUGAACAACUUUACCAAUGAGUGUGGUUUUCUAGACUCAUUCAUUGAGCAAAGUUAGUCAAAAGCCAAAAAAAUUAGGAUAGAGGAUGCAGAACUAUUCUUACAAGUAAAACUACUGGAAUGUUUCAGUGUUUUUGUUUUUGUUUUUUUUUUUAAAUUCAAGACGAGGUCCAAAGUCUUCGUAUUCCUUUAAAGUAUUGCACUACACCGAGAGCUUUUUUUCCAAAUAUGAUGUAGAAUCAAAAGGACCUUUUAAAUCAUUAGAUAUAAUGCCAGUUAUGACCAAAUCUUAACAGACAAUCUAAGACGUGAAAUCCGAUCACAAUAGAAAAAAGUCAUGUUUCUAUUUGAGAAUAUACCUUUUAGCAACCUCCUGCUUAGGAGUCUGGUUGGGCAAACUAGUGAGGGAUAUGUAGAAGGCAUUCAUUUUAUCAGGAAAAAAAAGUGUUUCAUUUUUGAUUUGUCAGUUUCAAUUAUUUUUUCAUUUUUGCUUUUGUAUUAGUUAACCAAAAUAUAAUGAUUUUGCAACUGUUGUAGCCAGUUUCUGAUUGUUUAGUCAAGUACAAUUGCACUUGUACAGAUCCACAUGUUUACUGGCAUCCUGAAAGACCAAAUGGUGGACUGUACACAUCUAUAUAAAAUGUCUUUCCCCUUUGGGCAGCAAGCAAUGGCAAGGAUAUUCAUAAACACAGCAUCACUGUAAGAGGGGACAACUGAUAUGUAUCCCAGCACAUGUGAUUUUUUAAUAGUUUCUGAAUAAACACUUGGUAAAUAUUUCAAAUGUAAGAUCCUGAGGUAAUGAGUAUUUGAACUUUAAAAUUUCUUGCCAAAAUAAUCUGGUUUUACAUUGGAUUCUCUUUACUAGCAAUUAUGGCUCAUCAAAAAGAUUUAAUGUUUCUAGGCAAAACAUAAUGUGUUCUCUGUUUUCAAAAUAUGGCGUGGUAAUUACCGACGUACAUAACAUGGGUCAGAAAGCAACAUAGGGAUAUGUGAUUCAACAACAUAUUGAAUAGGAUAGAUUUACAUUUACAUUUUGUCUCCUUACUGAAGUGUUCUUUAAUAUGUGGAAUAGGGUAAGUCAUACUUCACAUGUUUUUUUUUUCCUUCAUUAGGUUAUUAUAUAUUAUAUUGUUUGCAGAGUUGUUCCCUAGUAAAUCUUUUAUUGCAAAAGGGCUCUGUUCUAUUCUGCUUUUCUUACCCAUGUACAAUCUGUCACUUUCUACAAAAACAAAGCUAUAUAACUGGUCUGUUGGAAUUCAAGAUAAAUGUUUUCUUGGCAUGUGUUCUUUCUAUGCCACCCACAUUGAGCAAAAGCGAAAAAAAAAAAAAAAAGAAAAAACAACCAGCAAGCAUGACUGUAUUUAGUUUGGACAGUUUAGUACGUGGAGUGUUAUUUCAGUUUGAAACACAGAGAUGAGGAGUGUUCUUUUGUCACAAGAGACACAACACAUGGCUAUUCUGUUCACUGCUCACCAUCUCCUGCAGACUUCCUGUUGACACUGGUGAGAGAUGUGUGUGUUGCUGCCUGAGGUGCAGUUUUGGAGCCCUAAUUUUGAAUUACUGCCUUUAUAACUAUUGCUGAAGCCAGUGGUCUGGUUCUCCCAUUUAAACUCAGUAGAGGCACACUGUUGUUAAAUGGGUAUAAGUAAGAAAAUUUUCAGCCUUGCUGACUUUGUCAGAGAGAAAUUAACUCAGUAAGGAUUGAAUGAGAAGUUCCUGCAAACUUUGUCUGUUCGUGUGCAUAUAUAUGUUUUCUGUAUGAUUCUAAACUCAUAAACAUAAGUUUGCAUAGGUGUCAAUACAAACACAGGAUUAGGUCCUUAAUGUGAAAGGUACAUUUUGCAUGGCAUGCUGCCACAAAGAGGCAGCAUCCACAAAUGAGUAAAUGAGCAGGAAUUACUUGAUUUGUAAUAGUUGACAGAAAUGCCUUGGCAUUCUGUUUAUGCUUACAUUCUGAUGUUGCCUUUUCUGAGGUUAAUAUUACUGCUGCUUCCAUGUGUUCCACAUGCAUUUAAUAACUGGUAAUGAAGAUUUUUUCUAAUCAUCUACAUUGCAAUCAGAACAAUUAAUUUAAAUUUUUUCAGCUUCCUAUCUUCAGUAGAAAAAAAAAUAUUAUUGCUUCCGUUAAUGGAGAAAAAAAUUAAAUUACAUCAGUUACCUACAGAAAGUGCAUUCCUGAAGAUAAAUCCUUAAAAAAGGAUACAGAGUGAAAAAUAAUAUUCUUUAGUCUGUUAACAUCCUGAAGCAUAUCUGAAAGGGCUGUUUGUGAAUGAGGACUUCAAUGGAAGUAGAAAUUCCCACACAGUGGCUACAAUGAUAUACCCUCUUUGGAUAAUUAUUGUAAGAAGGAGUAGACAUAAGAAAUAGGAAAGGAAUAGACAUAGACAAAGGUAGAUGUGCCUCUGAUUUGAAAAUAGGAUAACUUGUUUGAAGAAAAACUGUUUCUGUAAGAAUAUGGCCUUUGUUUUGCUAGCAAGAUCAGUGAAACCUUCUGCAUGAUGAUCUGCUCAGUUAGUGCUGACCAAAGGGGUAAUGCUGCAAGACAAAAAAAUCCACACUAUUUUGAGAAUUCAGUAUAUUAUUUUAGGUUGGUUAUCAGACUGGUUUAGAUUGGUAAUUAAAGUGACUUUUCCCCUCUUUUCUUUAUUUUUUGUCCUUUGACAAGUAAUGUUGAGCGUGCUGAAUCACUCAUAUGGCCUCACAUUUUAUUUCAAAAGUGCAUGCAAUUCUGUGAUAAAAGAACAGAAAAAGGUGGAAGAGAAUCCUGAUUUCUCAGUGUAAUUACUGGAAACAAAACAUAAAUUGUGAUAAUAUAAAACAUAUAUAUUUAUUAGGUUAAAGGAAUAUUUUUUACCUUUUUUUCCCAUAUCAAGCCAAUUCAAUGUCUUAAAUACAAAUGGUGAGUUUAAGAGUGAGAACUUUUUCCUUUCCUUUCCCUUUCCCUCCCCUUCCCCUUCCCCUUCCCUCCCCUCCCCUCCCCUCCCCACUCCUUCAACUUAAUCCCAGAAGAUAUACUCUGUAAUUCCUAGACAUUCUUACGCACUGCUUGAAACACCAGAUUAAAAGUCUGAUAUAAAGGCAUCUUACGCUUCUAUAGUUCUAAAACCCAAAUUUUUACAUUUUUUUAUUUUUACCAUCCACUAUUUUAAUGGUCACUUAAGGUUGUGAAAACGUGUUCAAUUGAUUCUCUAUACUGCAGUAUUUAGUUUCUGAAUGUUUUCCUGUGUUUUAGUUUUUUAUAAAGCUUAUAUCAAUAAAUUAGUUAUUAAAGUAAUACGAAAAUGGUAAAACAUCAUAAAAGUGAGCUUAUGACCCAUGGUAAACACAUUUUAGAAAAUAUAUCUGGAAAGGCAGGAAUAGCUAAUUGUAGUUCUUUGCAAAUAUGAAGGCAAGAUCCUGGUUCUGUAGGUUCUUUAGACCUCUGUUUAGCUGGAGCUAAAAUGUCUGACCAGCAUGUUGUUUCUUACAGAAACUUAAGAGUCUGUUUAAUGCAUAUGGUUCCCUCUCAGGGGGCAGAGUCCAUUAAAGCACUAUAUCCUGAAGGACAGGGUAAACAAGAGCUCCUUCAUUUUUAGAGGGCAGGUUCUUUAUAUUGCUCAGUGUCUCCAGGGAAUCUGAAUAGCCUUUCAUUUGGUUAAAGACUGGCAUACUGAAAUGCAGCGUCUCCAAACCAGAGAAGGAGGCUGAAAUCUUUUGCUGUCUUAUGCAGAACUGAGAACGCUACUGAUGCUACUGGCAUUAAACAAGAAGAAUGGGGAGAGAAGGGAGAGUGAAUGGCAGACACAAUUCCAUAGCUGUCAACCUUCAAACAGUCUUCACAUUUCUAUUGAUUAUUUCAUUGUAGGGAACUUGUACCUUCUCUCUGCAGCAUCUACUUAACUCUGGAAAAUGUAGGACCUGAAGCUAAGUAGUGACAAGAGGAUGGAGGAAUGAGGUGUUUCUGUGAGAGAAGACAGCAGGAUAGCGGCCCUCUGAAUGGGGCAGACAUAUUAUUUGUUUUUCCCAACCUUUCUAAGAAGCUUUGCAAUGUGCUCUGAUGAAAUAAGGACACAUAGAUCUCCUUACAGUUCAUCAAUACUGCCUUACAGAUUUGUGAUUAUCCAUCUGUGUGUAAAUACUAUCCUAAUAUCACAAGUCUUUACAAUGUUUUUUUUUCCCUGUUCAUUAUUUAGCUACAUUUCAGAGUAGCUAGCAGUAUAAUGAUACUCCAGAAAUGCUAAGCACAGUUGUGCUUUAGAAUAAUUGUUUAUUCUUAAAACUGAACAGAACAGUUAGGACACAAAAAAAGAGGCACAUUUAAGGUACUAGGAACAAGAGGCAGUUAAUUGAAUAGUCAAAGAAGUAAAGUGUAAUGAAGUUUGUAAUUAAAUGGCUAUCAAAUUAACUAUUUAACUUACAGCUAAUGGGCCACAUUUUGCUUCUUGUUGUGUAAGUACAAAACUGGAUUCCAUUGACUUAAGGAAGUUACAAAACAUUUACCUUGCUCUUACAAGUUUGGCUUUUUGUCAUUGAAAUAAGCCAUUCUCUUAGUAUUUCUCUUUUGUAAAGUGAAAAAUUUGAAUACAGUAAUGAUAAACAUUUGUAGUUCUGCUAUGUACUUAAAAAAUGAAUCACAUCUAUUUCCAGUCUGCUGGCAUAUUAACUGAACAUUGCUGUAGUAUAGAACUGUAAAAUUUAUCUUGGACCCACAUUGUCCUGAUUAUAUGGGAAGUCCAUGUAAUCCACAUGUAUAGAUGUGGUUCUUCAGAAUGAUGAACUUUAUGAACAGACAGCAUACAUCUAUUUAAUUCUGUGGACUUCGUCCUAAAACCUUCAAUUAGAUUAAAUACCUAUUAAUAAAAAUUAUAACCUUUGUGGUGUUUGCAACUACUUUUACUGCAAUUUUGCAGGCUUAUAUUUACAGUAUUUUUAAAUUUUGCAAUAAACUAUAGACCAUGUCAAACAUAAAUGAUUUUUUCUGGUUGGAUUCAUGAUUACUAUUGUAUAUCAUGACAUGGUUCUGGGUGACCUUCCAAAAAGGUCUAGAGUGGGAUAAGAUAAAAGGUUGAAAUAAUACUUGUCUAGUUCGGUAUUUCAUGUAAUAAAACAUUUUCUUCUCAUGAUUUCAACAGUAUAUCUGAUUAUGUGAGCAUUAGAUUAUUGAAGCCUUCUGGUAAUUUUGUACCAAUACUGUGACAAAAAGUUUACGUUUGAGGAGGGGGUCAAACAAUGAGAUUGCUUUUGUCAGAGACAUCAUAUCAACUUUAUUCAGAAAUGCUUAAAGUACUAAAUUAGAUUCUUAAAAUAAAACUUGGGAGGUGACAAUCUGGUACAGUUUUUGAAUUUCUGAAAACAGUGUUUAAUUACCAAGUAGAUUAUUAUUUUAACCAUCUGUAUUUUUUACCAUCUGUAUUUUAAAAAAAAAAUAUAUAUUUCUGUGUGUAUAUGUAUGGAAGUGUAUGUGUACAUAUAUAUGAGUAUGCAAAUAUAUAUGUAUGCAUACACUUAUAGCUAUCUAUGUUUCUUUAAUUAACAUUGUCUUUACUGUGAUAUAAGAAUAUUUCCAUGUGAGUUUUGAAAGCGUUUAGGUUUGUAAUGAAACAAAAGUUCUUCGUAUAGCAUAUGUAGCUUAUAAAUGUUAUAUCCACAUAGUCACCAAAAAGUCAGUCUAGUCCUUCAACAUUUCAACUUUUCUAGUAUAGUAAUAUAAAUUUGGGGUUGGAGUUGCUAGGAGCAAAAGUUCAGCUCAAAUGCAGUUUGCAACUAGCUGAAUAUGCAUUGAGGGGCAUUAAGGUUCCUGUAUUUUAAGGCUCUACCUUUUACAUUUCAUGUACCAUCACAUGGCUAAACUGACCUGAACUUGACCUUGCUGUAACUUCAUUACCAUAGCAAUUAUUUUGUCCAGUCAAAUGGAUAAAUAGACACAUACCAAAUGUAUUUAUGAGUAUGACAGCAGUUCUUAUAGAGGUCUCACUAUCAGAUAUCUGAAUUUAGUUUUAAAUUACUGAAUUCAUAACUGCGUUUAAUUAUGCAGUAAUUACUACAUGAAAAAGAUUUGUUCUCUUUCUAAAUGUUGAACUUAGGUGAGCUGAUCAGGUUUUUAUUUUCAGCUGUAAUAAAGCUGGUAGUCCCAAUGGCAGUUUUCUGCUAAAAAUUAAAGCAGUGUUAUUCACAGCAUUGGUACUCUUCAGCCACAAUACAAUUUUACAAUUGUAAUUUUUUUUUAAAAUAUGGAAAAUUAAACAUUUUAAAAGCAUUUUCAGGCUGGCAGUUUGCUAAGUUGAAUCGAAUAUAUCAUUAAUUUUGUCUAAAAUUUAUUAAUAAUCCAAUUAAAAAUAGUUUUGACAUAAUUUUUUUAAGUCAUUCAGACAAGUCUUUAUAAGUCAUGUAAUGAUGUGUUUGCAUGAGUUUAUGUGUAGAUACAUACGGUACUGCACAUUCAGUUAUGUGGUUAUUUGGUAAUUUAUAGCAAACCCAAAAGUGUAGAUUACAAUAUGCUUCACAUUAAGCUCAAAAUUCAAGAAUAUGUCCAUUUUUCUGUUUGCAAAUUUAUAAGAAAUGCCUACAUUGGCAUCAAAGAACUUGAACCACAUACUUUCAAAGAAUGAAUAUUCUGCUGAAUCAUUUAUUCUUAAAUAUAAAUAUCUUCCUUUAGUUAUGAUGAAAAGUGCAUCAAAGGAAAAAUUGGCUAAUCAAUGUAUUUGAUGUUUUUGAAGUGAAUGAAAUCCUGCAAUUGAUUUUGGUUUUUGAAAAUAUGGAAUGUCUUUACACUUUAUGUUUUUUUCUCUUCCUGUUAGAUACUGUUUAUUAGCCUACCAUGCAUAAGGAAAGUCCCUGCUACAAAGGUGUUUCAAGUCUCAAAUGGCAAUAACAUGACUAUCGGUUACAGCUUUGGCUGUUUCUUAAGGUUGUUUUAUUUUUUCAGUGAUUAAAUUAUGCUUGUCUUUUAAGGGUGGAUAUUUUUGUUUAUUCCAUCCAAACAUAGCAUGCAAUGUAGUCAGUACUAGUCCUGAAAAUGAUUUAAAAACACUACAUAUUGAUGGGUUCCUAAAGUUUACAACAUUAAUGUUUAAAAACAUUCUAACUCUUUGAAAUGGAGUUAACAGUUACACAUUUUCUGUUUUAAUUUUCUGUUUCCUUGUCAUUCUUUUUUUCCUACACAUUACUGAAUCAUACUGCCUAUCUUUGCUUUGAAGGCUGCUUUUUAUUUUAUUUUGAGUACAGAGCAGGGAUCUAAGCUAUUGUGAUAAUAUAAAACAGAGGCAGUGAAGAGGUGUGUUUGGUUAUGUAGCUCUGAUAGCUGGUGUAAAACCUUAAGUAAAAUCCUCAUCAGUGUCAAAGGAAAUUAUGUUUUAGGUAGGGAUUUUUUAAAAAGUUCUAUCUAUAGCAUCAUUCAUGUAAACCUGUAACACAAAUACCUACUCACAUAAACAUGUAGGUGAUUCAGGAGCAGCAGACAGUUAAAAAUGUCAUGGUUUUUUGUGAAUAAUUUUUUAAAAUGCACCUUGUCUUAAAAAGAGGAACUGUCUUAUAAUUAGGCAAUGCUUAUAUAAUUAAACUUUUCAUCAUAGUAAUUUAAAUGGUAAAAUUAACCCGUUAUUGACGAUUUCUGAUCAGGUUUCAAAUGUUUGGUUUUUUCCUUUUUGGUAUGACUGGUAAUAGCUACCAACAAAUAAGUGGCAACAUACUAUAAUAUGUUGAACAGUAAGAUCUGUUAGGUUUAUUGUGCAAUAUAUUGCUUAAUAAGUUUUAAAUUGUAGAAAUCUACUGAUGCAUAUUGUACUUACUUGUACGUUAAUUCUUCCUUAAGAAUACUUUUUCCUAAAGAAUAAGAAGUUGCUACUCUUUUGAGAAAAAUUUUUUCUAUAAAUACAAAAAGUGGUUAAGAUAAUGGUUCUAAGUUCACCAAUUUUUUAGAAAUGUAAUUGAAUGUAUUUAUGAUGGUUAAUAUUUUUUCAUCCAUACAUAAUUUUAUACAAUGAAUGUAUUCUAUAAUUUUCAGUAUAUUUUAUAUACUGAAUGCUGUCUGUAAUUAAAUAUUUCUUAGGAGUUGUUGGAUUACUAAAAAGUUUUGUUAGAUUUGAUUAGGAUCAGAGCUUUAAUUGUGGAGAAAAAAAACACCAUCUCAUCAAUUUGUCUUCAUACUAUUUAUCUUAUGAAAAAUUAUCCAAAUUACUCAGAUUGAUUUUUUUCAUGUCAAAAUAAGUAUUUAUUUUACCUCACACACUGUUUAAAUGUUUGAGAAUUACUAACUGCUUUAUAUAAUCAUCUAUGGUGAAAUAACAAAAAUUUCCAGCUUUGGCCUGAUGAAUACCGUGUAAUUUCAAUUUACAGUUACAUAGUGAAACUGUUUUCUUUUAUGUUUGUCUUAUACUUAGGUACCCUUAUCUCCAGCUCUGUGUGUUGAUGUAAGGCCUCACAAGUGUUCAUUUAAUCAUUAAAACUCAAUAUUAUUUUACAACCCUAAGAGAAAAACAAUUUAACACAACAAUGAAGACAAAAUUUCCAAGAUAGAUUUUGGUUCUCUGACUACUUCCACAUGUGGAUAAUUUGAUUGAUGAGAGUAGUCUCACCAGAUUCAGUCAGAGUUUUUUGUGUAACAUACCUUUAUGUUUGGAGUUUGAUUUUAAAUAUAUGUCUAACACAUGCAGGCUUAUUAAAUCCUUAGACUGAAUUCUGAUUUGUCUGAUGGAGAAAUGUGUGUUUCUGAACAUAUUAGGAUAAUGUUACUGUUACCAAAGUAUUUUCUUCCUCUUAAAAGAGUAUGUUUUGAUAUUUCUCAUGUAGACCAUAUACAAUUAGUUGUGUGUAUCAGAAAGCAUUUUGAUAUAUUCAGAAACACCUGAGGAUCUUGAAAUCUAAAACUGGUUCAGUUUCUGAAAUGCUUCAUUUUUGUUUUCCUAUAUUUUGCUUUCAGUUGAAUGUUGCUGGCUUGAAAAGGUUACUCCUCAUAAUGUUUGUGGCAGAAGGGUACUGGGAGGAUUAAAUGAAUAUUUUUAUUUAUUCAGAGGUUUGAACUGUAAAGCCAUAUAUAGAAUAUAAGUUCUUAUAGGUUCUGAAUGUCCUCAUUUUGUCUUGUCUUCUAAAACAAGGCUUAGGGUGUUUGGUGGGGGUUUUUUUAUUAGAAUAGGUAUUGCAGUAUUUGAAUGAAAUAUAAAGAUGUUAAAUAGCUGUCAUUCAAACUCUUCAAUAAGAAUUGUUGUUUUUAUUAUUUUUAUUUUUUCUCCUCAAGCUCAGAAAAAUCAGGUCAUGCUUAUUUUUGGGACUUACAGGGUUUUUAGGAGGUGAGUGAACAAUUGCUAAGAGGCCUUUCCCCUCUUUAUGUUACAGCCAGUUAAAUGACCCCAGUGAUUAAAUAGGAGCCCUUUUUAGUGAAUUCAUGUUUGGAAUAUGGUCAAUAUAUAUUUAUUUCUGCAUUUUAAUACUGAAAAGAUUAACAUUGUCAAAAUUGUUUAUUAAUACUGAAAAGGAAGUAGUUAUUCUCAGGGCAGAGACUCUGAAAGCAAGUAUUCUUUUUACCAGAAGUUAAAUCAAAGAUUUUAAUUUAACUGUCCAAGUGAAGAGAUGCAAAAGUAAAAGUAUAUAGAACACAGAGUAUUUAAUACUUAGAAUAUUACUAAUUCUUAAAUUUGUAAGCAUUCUUUUUAGAUAUGUGCAACUUUUCAGCCCUUCAUAUGAAAUUCUUACAUAUAAAUGAUGUUUUAGCUAUAAUUAGGGCAACACAGUCAGAAGAGAGGCAGGUAUUUUGAUCUAUCUUAUUUUAUAUAAUCCUAGAAAAAAUUCAUUUUGGUUGGCUUAUUUUAUUUUUUUCAUUACACAGGCAUCAAAAUUCUUCAUGUCAAAUUUGGAAAUUAUGAUGUCACAAAAUGUCUCAGAGUCUGGGCAAAUAAAUAGUUCAGUAGCAGCAUUAAAAUUGCUACAGCAAAGUGAAAUUUGAAAUUAAGAUAUGAUGUUCUGUGACCAUGGGAGAUAUUUGUGAGAGUGCUUUGUUGACAACUAAUUGAUAAUUACGGUGUGUAUUCUUCUAACACCUUUCUUCCCAAAGGAUCCUAAAGUGCCUUACAAAAUUAGGGCCUGUUCCUGCCCUGAUUGAAGUCAAUGGGAGCACUGCCAAUGGGAACAGCACUGGGCACUUAAGAAGCUAAUAAAAGCUGCAUUCAAACAUCACUUCUGCCACUGAAAUGUGAAACUGUUCAAUUUACACAGCAAUACACCCAGUGGUUUGAGACAGGAAGUGAAUAUUAUCAUAUACAGCUUGCAAAUUUUAAAAGGGAAAUAUGAUUUUAGAAGGGUACGUGGUACAAAUUAAUAUUAGUGUUAAUAGCACAACCUUUGUUAAAAUUUGAGUUUUCAUCCAAACACAUUUCUUGUAUUUUUUCAGAAGAUUUGAACAUUAUUUCCAGUAGAUGUAAUGACUGAUACCAUUUUCAUUAUUCAUAUGUUGUAUACACAUAUUUUGGAGAUCAGAUUUGCAUGGUUUUGGUACAAUAAUUAAAAUAAUUUCAGAAAAAUAUAACAUGGAAAUACUAGAAAUCUUCUAUAAUAAUUGUAUCUUUCUGCUGAUUAUUUUUAAUGUCUAGCUGAGAAAGCCUGAUAUUCAAAUCAGUAUUUUGCGUAUAUUUCCACAUUUGUUCACUUUACAUAUUGAGCUGAUUGCUGUGAUAUGCAAAGAACAGGAUUUGAUGUUUGUAUACCUGAAAUGCAAGUUGAAAGCAAGCAUUAUACCAUGUAUUCUGAUAUUUUUCUUUAUUUUUAAUAUAGAGACCUUUCAUAUAAAAAUUUUGCCAGCUACAAAACCAUUAAGCAGCAUGCAUAGAUGCAAAAAAAAAAAAAAGUGAGAACUAAUGCAGAUAUUUGUUUUUCACUCUGCAUUUUUUUUCUUGACCAUUUAUAUUGAUGAAUAAGGAAUAGUUAAAUUAUUUAGCAUUUAAAAAACUAUUACAAUUUAACAAAUGAAAGAGGAAAACUUAGCUGUUGGACUGUUUCGUUUGUCUCUAGUUAGAUACUUUAAGAUGGGCCUGAAAAAUAAGCAGCUCCAAGAAUAACUAACCAUCACAACAAGCUGUCUAGUUGAAUAUGUAGCAACUGAAGUCUUUGAAUUAGAUGAAUAUACAUGCUCUAUAUUCAGAAAGAAGUUUUGAGAUUACAGGGACAAAUAAAUUCAACAAUAGUCAUAUUGAA